CAUCUGGAGCUCGCCGAGCUGGGGCCGCUCCUGGAGGAGAAAGGGGACCAAGGAGCCACCGGAGCUGCCAGCGCUGAGGAUCCACCAGGCCCGGCAGCCCGUGAGGAAGAGGAGGAGGAGGUGGUGCGGGUGCUGACCCUGCCCCUGCAGGCUCACCAUGCCAUGGAGAAGAUGGAAGAGUUCGUGUACAAGGUGUGGGAAGGACGCUGGCGUGUGAUCCCGUAUGACGUCCUGCCCGACUGGCUCAAGGACAAUGAUUACCUCCUGCACGGACACCGGCCCCCCAUGCCCUCCUUCCGUGCCUGCUUCCGGAGCAUCUUCCGGAUACACACUGAGACAGGCAACAUCUGGACACACCUGCUGGGGUUUGUUCUGUUCCUCUGCCUGGGGAUCCUGACCAUGCUGCGGCCCAACAUGUACUUUAUGGCUCCUCUCCAAGAGAAGGUGGUGUUUGGGAUGUUCUUCCUGGGAGCAGUGCUGUGCCUCAGCUUCUCCUGGCUUUUCCACACUGUCUACUGUCACUCAGAGAAGGUCUCACGGACUUUUUCAAAGUUGGAUUAUUCAGGAAUUGCACUGCUGAUCAUGGGGAGCUUCGUCCCGUGGCUCUACUACUCAUUCUACUGCUCUCCACAGCCAAGACUCAUCUACCUCUCCAUCGUCUGUGUCUUGGGUAUCUCUGCCAUCAUUGUGGCACAGUGGGACCGAUUUGCCACUCCCAAGCACAGGCAGACCAGAGCAGGCGUGUUCCUGGGGCUGGGACUGAGCGGGGUUGUGCCCACCAUGCACUUCACCAUUGCUGAAGGCUUUGUGAAGGCCACCACGGUAGGGCAGAUGGGCUGGUUCUUCCUCAUGGCUGUGAUGUACAUCACGGGCGCUGGGCUCUAUGCUGCCCGCAUCCCUGAGCGCUUCUUCCCGGGCAAGUUCGACAUCUGGUUCCAGUCUCAUCAGAUCUUCCAUGUGCUGGUAGUGGCUGCAGCCUUCGUCCACUUCUAUGGGGUGUCCAACCUGCAGGAAUUCCGCUACGGCCUGGAAGGGGGGUGCACAGACGACUCUCUCCUCUGAGAGCGCCUGGUUUUAGUACAAGCUUCCUAAGUGCUUUUUAAACUCUUGUCUUUGCUAAAAUCAAAGGAAGACUCAAAACCAUUUGGGGUUGUUGGUUUGUUGUUUUUUUUCUUUUAAAG